ACCGUGUUCCAGCCCCCCUCCCGGCCCGGGAUGCCCGCGGGGAGGACCACAGCCCGCUUUGCUGUGCGCUGCAGCCCCAGGCAGUUCGCUGCGUACCUGGCAGACAUGGGUGUGCUUGUCCUGGAGGUACUGACCAAGCCUGACCACCUCCCCCUUGGUAGAGUGCAGAUCACCAAACUGUCCCAGCUCUCUCCCAGCCAUCCCAUCAGUGGCUCUUUCUCUGUGGUGUCACCAACAUCUGAUAAACUUGGAGAGCUGCAGGUCUCACUGGUUCUAGAACCUCUGCCAGAACUGUAUGACACCAGUACCUCUGUCCCAGCCACACAGGCAAGUCUGGACUCUGCUCCUGCUCAGGGAAGCAGCAAGCCACAGCUUCCAGCUGUAUCCCAGCAGCCCAGGCACACACAGGUCACUGUUGUUGACCAAGAGCCUGUUACCAACAGCAUGGCCACAACUCCCAGAGGAAAGGACCAUUUGCUCUUUGAAGAGGACUCUGAGAAUAUAAAGGACACUUUUUCUGCCUCUCAUCACCCUCUGAUUUUACUGGAUGAGCCUCUGAAAGUGAAUCCUUCACAUCAGUCCCUGUUGUUUCCCUCCAGCACUGAUCCUGAAGCCCCUGCUAGAAGGAACACACAGAUGCUCUCUGUGCACAACCCAGCUACAAAAGAUCUGCUUUCAGCUCUCUUGGAUCAAGGCAGUAAACUCCGUGACGCCAUGGUGGUUUCUGCAAUGAAGUCCAGCCCAGACAUGGAGAUUGAACUGAAAGAAGUGACUCCUUUCAUAGAGAGAGACAAUUCUAAAGCACCAACAAAGAUCUCAAAAGGCUUGAACUCCAGUUUUGUGCCCAUUCCUGAAGAUCUCCAUCACUUUGCAUCUGAAGUUUCAGGUCAGCAGUUAGACCUAAACUCUGAAGAGAGAGCAAUACAUUUACUGUUGGGCAGUGCUGAUUUCUCUCCAGUGCAUUCCUGGGAUCACACAGGGUCACUUCUGGAUUCUCUCUCCCUUGGGAAUGAGGUGUAUGACAGUGAGCUUGAUGAUCCCCAUUAUGACCAGAGUCUGCUGGAGAGGCUUUUCUACACAGCUCCUAAAUCUGAUUCCAGUUUAAGUGAUUUCCUCAGUGAUGAUGAUGAUGUUGAUGUUAAAUCCUCAAAAAAAGCAUCCAAGACAGAAACUCUCAAGAAAGAUGAUCCAGUGAAUCCACAGGAUUUUAAUGCCUUUGAUCAAAAUGUGACAGAAAUUAAACCCAGCUCCUCUCCCACUGCAACACUUGCUGCUCUGGAAGAGCACACAGAAGCAUCUUAUGUCACAUCCUUGAGUGCAGACAAGUUGGCAUUGCUGCAGCAAAUCCACCUGGCCAGAGUCAUCAUUGAAAGCUUGAAAAUCUCUCCUGAGAACAUCCAGUUUUCCCCAAGGAAGGAAGGUUUAAUGGGGAAACCUCCACGGCCUACAACUGUUAAUAAGUGCACCUUCUUUGUGGAGUACCAUUUCCCUGUGGGAGUCUCCAAGGAUGAUAAAGGACAGAUCUCCAUAACAACAGAAGUAAUUCGAGUAGCUUCAAGUAAAAUCACAGAUGGUGUGGUGAAAUUUCAGCGGCGGUUUGUGUUCCCUGUGCGGUUUGUUGGAAGGAUACUGGAGCAUUGGUGGAGCUCUGACCUUGCCUUUAAAAUCUACAUGAGAAAAAGCACACAAAAAAAGGCCAUGGCCAUUGGCACAGCAGCACUUCAGUUACGUGAGGUGAUCCAGGCCGAGCUGCUCACUGUCAGCUGUGAAAUACCUGUAGAAAAGGAGGGAGGUCAGACACAAGUUGGACCACUAAAGGUGUCCUUAGAACUUGCAGCCAACAACAAAGACUUCACCUGCACUGCUGCCAGGUCAGCUAGAGCUGGGCAGCAAGUCCCUGCUCAUGCUAUAAGAAGCUCCCAGCUGGAAUUCCAGGAGCCCAACAAGAAGAGUGUAAAUGCAGGAAGUCCUCACUGCUUGAAAAUGAUCCCAGAGGACUCCCAGGAGCCAGGAGUGGGCAGCAGGAAGGCUGUGCCAACCCUUGUAGCCAAGCCAGUACUGGCACAGCUAACUCCAUCUGAGGAAGAUGGGUUAUUGCUACAUAUGCUGCUGAUGGUGCCUGAUGGAAAAGGUUUUGUUGCUGAAGGCCAUGGGCUCCCCAGUUCUUGCAAUGUAUAUUUGAACUUCAAGUUGUUCAGCACUGAGGAGGCAACAAGAUCUGCUGUUGUAUGGGGCACAACACAGCCUGCCUUUAAUUUUUCUCAGGUGAUACCUUUUUCACUAACUUCCAAACACUUGGAGAGGCUGAAGAACAAUGUGAUGAUUAUUGAAGUGUGGAACAAGAUGGGAAGCCCUGGCUGUGACAGACUGCUAGGAUUAGUGAAACUUCCUCUGCAUCAGUUUUACAUCUCAUUCAAAGAUCCAAAGAUUUCCCACCUGCUCCUUCAGGCUCAGUACCCAGUGGUUGCUGUGGACAGCUACAUGCCUGUCAUCGAUGUUUUUACUGGCAGCAGAAGUGGGAGCCUGAGGGUCAUUUUGGCAAUGGGAUCAGCUGAUCAAAUAGUGGCACUGCAAAGGCUAAAAUGUGAAGAAGGAAUGGUACCUCCUGCCACACAACGUCCUUCCCACUCUCUGGACCUUCCUCCUGCAAAACCCACAAUGCAGUUGGACCAAGAAGGGGAAGACCUGAUGGAGCAUGUGUUUGAGAUCCAUGUGGAGAGUGUGAAAGGACUCACUCCCUUACAGUCCACUGUCUGGGGAGAGGCUGACUGCUACGUCCAAUACUACUUUCCUGUUCAGGAGGCUGGUUGUGGUGCACUGCAAGGCCCUGAGUUGCACGAGGAUGGCAUCAAAUUAAAGGCAUUUCGAACAGCAACCACUUUGUGUGUCCCUGAUCCUGUCUUUAAUGAUAAGCAUCAUCAUUCUCUGUUGGUUCCUGCUUAUGUCCCAGUCCAGAGGCUCCUGGUCAGUGCAUUUAUGGCACCAGGAACAGCUGGAGGAGGAAUCCAGUUUGAAGUCUGGUGCAGGUAUUAUUACCCAAAUGUCAGAGACCAGCUGGUUGCCAAGGGGACCUUGCCUUUGUCACGGCUCUGUGCCAUGGUGACAAUGCAGCAUCGUGAAGAAAUAGGGAUACAGACUUUUAAUCUUCCACUGGUCCCCCAGACUGAUUCCUCACAGGAAUUUCAUCUGCAGUCUUCAGGUUUGCUUGAUGUGAAUGUGAGAUACCAACGAUCCAUGAAGAUGGCUGCAGGAAUAACUGCUCAGGCCAUUUCACUGUCUGUACAAAUACACAGAGCAGCUGGUUUGCAGGCAGCAGCGAGAGCUGUGGCACAGAAGAACCCCUCAGUCCAGUACUAUGCAGGAGUGGGAGUGAAUGCUUAUGUCUCUGUGCACCUCUCCUUCCUGCCUGAGGCACAGAGACGCCGCACACAAGCCGUGGCUUGUACUUUCUGCCCAGAGUUUGAGCAUCGUGUGGAGUUUCUUUGCAACCUCAUCAUCCAGAAAAACAGUGGAGAAGCCUCUUGUCUGGCAGAACUCUUGCAGUCUGCCAGUAUUGUCUUCUCUAUCUACCAUCAGAGCACCAAGUCAGCCACUGACAGACUGGGAGAUCGGACAGCGAGAGAUUAUCUUCUUGGGACAGUCACAAUUCCGACCAGGGACCUGCUCACAAGAAGAUCAGGCAUUUCAGGCUGGUACCCAGUGACCCUCUCUGAAGAUUCAAUGCCUUCACACUGCACGAACAUCAUGCAGGCCAUUGUGGGAGGGCUGGAACUUUCUGUCACCUUUGCUCAUCAGGAUGACAGAGAGCAUGUUUUGAAGGCUGCUAAGCUUUUAGGAUGGAGCAGUGAGGAGACCCAUGAAGACAGCACGGAUGACAGCGAUGGAUGGGAGCAGAGUGCCAGUCCAGUGACUGUGACCAUCUCAAUCCCAAGAGUGUGGCUGCCACUCCACUGUGUGCUGCUUUCAGGCCAGACACACCUCAAUAAAAGCACUUACUGUUACCUCAGGUACAAGCUGUACAACCAGGAAGCUACGUGGACUUUGCUUCGACGGCCAAAAUUGAGUGAUGACACAGAGACCGUUACAGUGAAAUUUAAGAAACCGAACAAGAUGACUCUCAGAAGGAGCCAAGGACUGCUGUGGUUCUUCAGAGAGGAAAAAUUGGAAAUCCAGGUGUGGUGGGCAUACGGUAAGGAAAAUGAGGUGGAAAGACCACUCGAUUCAGAUCAUCUGAUUGGAUCUGCCUACGUUGACCUUGCGGCAUUAGCAGAGCGAUCGAGGAAAACACUGAGUGUUAGUGGGGUUUACCCGCUGUUCCGAUGCAAUGCUGCAGACCUAGCUGGGGCUGCUGUGCGUGUGCACAUUCGCCUUUCUCCCAUGCCUGCUCUGCCCAGCACACUCUGCUGUGCCGAGGAAUACAGCAGCAGUGAGGAGGAAGGCACAGGAAGAGCCCCUGAUAGGAGCCAGGAGGUCUCUGAAGAUCAGAAAUUGGAUGUUGUGAGUUCAGGACUCACUGAUGGCAAACCACAGGAGGAAGAUGUGAUGUUGCUGGAAAACACAGUGGCUGUCAACAUCCUUGUGGAAAGAGCAAUGCAUCUAAGUUUAAAAGGAAGCCCUCUGACGGAACGUGAGGUGACAGCACCCAGCAGCUGUGUGUCAUUUGCUGUUGCUGGUGCAGAUGCUCCAGUAACCACUCCAGUCAUAGAAAAUACAGACUCACCAGUCUGGGACUUCCAGCAGCAAGCAAGAUUAUCCAAAGAGCUUUUGCUGGAUCCACAGCAAACAUUGGUCUUCAAAGUGUGGCACAAAGCAGAGGCUGAGCGAGUGAUAGGAUUUGCAUCCGUGGACCUUUCUCCCCUCCUUUCCGGCUUCCAGCUCGUGUGUGGGUGGUACAACAUCACAGACUUCAGUGGGCAGUGCCGAGGGCAGAUUAAAGUAGCAGUUUCCCCUCUCCAGAACAUAAACAGCCUCAAAGAGGAGAGGCAGGGGAAGGCCAGCUUUCCAGCAUUUCCUAGUAAUGCUGCAGACCUUUCCAAGCAGCUGCUGAAUUCCUUGUCGAGGGAAGUCAGUGUUCCUACUCGAGACUGGAUGAGUUCCCCUGGAGCACACAGGCCUCGUCACGAGGAGCACAUGGAGAACGUGCGCAGAUUCCAUGAGUCCCUGCAGCAUGCGGAGGGGAACGUGCACCGAGCAGCCAGGCUGGACUCAUCAUCAUCAGCGUCACGUGCUUCGCUCCUCACUGCUCUCAGAAAAAACUUAAGUGAGCUGGAUGAGGUCCAAAGAUACUUCAACCAGAAGCUGACCAGGACUCUUCCUGACUUCAGUUAUGGGAACACAUCCAGACCAAGCCAUGAGGAGCAGGAGAGUGACCAUCAGGGCCUGGUGAGCAGGGAAGUGGAUCCCAAUGGAUGCCAUCUUCUGGAAAAAUCUAGUCAGUUGGUGUCUCAGGUCAGCAGCCUAAUCAGUGAUUUACAGACUAUAACUAAAAACAGUAAAGAAGCUUCUAAUGUGCAUCAGGACAGCAGCAGAAAGCUGGGAGCUACGGAUGUGCCCAGCUGGGAGGAAGGAGCCAGACCUGAGGUCCAUCAGGGCCAGCUGGAGCUGGACUCACACAGCAUUUGCAGUGAUACACAGCAGCCAUGCAGUCUGGGGAGGUCUGUGUUUGAUAGACAAAUGUUGCAUGAACUCCUAGGCCACGUUGUCCCUGAAGAUCAGCAUCCCAUGGAUUAUAUCCAGGAAGAUAAAGGUGCCAUCCAGCCAUGCAGUGAAGAAGAAUAUGAAGAAGACAUUAUAGAACCACGAACUCUUAAUGAAAUUACUAACAUGACAGACAAAACAAGUCCCUGGUCCAGUGUGCUUUCAGAAACAGGGCAGGGGCCUGGCCAGCAGCCUGUGGACUCCAGGACUGAAGAUCAGAGCUCCGUAGAUGUAGGUUGUUUCCAAGGAGGAAGCAGCAGACGGAGCAGCACCUUGUCCAGCACACUGCAAGGGGACAGCCACAGUGUGCUCACCACCCUUAGCCCCCACGCUGAUGGGAGCAGUCCUUGGGCAGCCAUAGGAGGCUUCCAAAGCUUGAAGAGCAGCACAGAAACAACAGAGAAGGAGCUGCUUCAGCCUGCUGGACAGAGCCUGUGGCACAGAGCACUUAACACUGGUCCCACAAAGAAAACUGUAGAGUUCCAUGCAGGCUCCAAAGACAUGCUGCCAUUCCCAGGAGAUAAGGGUUUGGCUGAGCCAAAAACCACAGAAAAGGGAAAGGAGGAAAAGGCUGAGGUUGCUAAUGAAGACCAGCAAGACAAGGAAGGCAGUGGUUCUGAUGAGAACUGUGUUAAGAGUGUAUCAGCCCAAGCUGGCUCAGAGAGACACAGUGAGAGCUUUUCUGAUGGCAGCAGCGAGGACCCACUGGGAGAGUCAGAAAACUCCAUCAAACCAAAAAUCUCUUUAUCUGAUCCUGUUGUUGUUCCAAACUUCUUCCUUCCACCCAAGCAGAUGGAAGCCUCCAUGAGACUGCUCAGCACUUCUUCCACAGCUCCAAAACACAGGAGUGGAGCAGUGCCAGAUGGUAUCCCAUACCGGAGACCGAAUCAUCCCAAGCCCACACCCAACCUCUCAGAAGAGGAGACCCAAAGAAUCUCCAGGAUCUUCUCAGCUCAGCUCUCCAAGAAGGAAUAG